GCAGAAGGAGAAAGGAAAUGGCCGAAAUAGUUCUCUUCCCUUUCAUGUCCAAAGGCCACAUGAUCCCUAUCAUCCACCUGGCCCACCUCCUUAUCAAUCGUGGCCUACCCAUCACAAUCUUCACCACACCUUCAAACUCUCCUUUCAUCCGUCAAUCUCUCAAGAACAACGUCUCCAAAGCUACCAUCAUCGAUCUCCCCUUCCCAAAACACGUCCCCAAUCUCCCUUCCGGAGUCGAAAGCACCGACCAACUUCCAUCCAUGUCCCUCUUCCUCCCAUUCAUCAACGCCGUCAAACUCCUCCGGCCCCACUUCGAACAAGCGCUUGAGAGCCUGCCACGUGUCAGUUUCAUAAUCUCCGAUGGCUUCCUUGGGUGGACUCAAAUAUCUGCUUCGAGAUUAGGCAUUCCAUGGAUUUUAUUCUAUGGAAUGAACUUCUUCGCCAUGACUAUUUCACGAGUCGUUUUACGAGACCAGCCCCAUGCAGGCCACGACAAUGACGAGCCUUUCUCUAUCCAAUGCUUCCCUUGGAUCAAGCUCACAAGGAACGAUCUCAGCCCUCCAUUCAACGACCCUGAACCUAGCGGUCCGUUGUGGGAUUUCAUUGUUGAAACAGGCCAACAUGCAUCGCAUAGCAGUGGAAUGAUCGUAAAUAGCUUCUAUGAGCUAGAGCCUGUUUAUGUGGAUUACUGGAAGAAAGUCUUCGAUACUCGGAUUUGGUGUGUGGGGCCGCUUUGUUUAUCAGUUCCCAGAGCUGAAACUCUCUCAAACACCAAAUGGCUACAAUGGUUAAAUAAAAAGCUAGCCAUGCAACGUCCGGUUUUGUACGUAGCAUUUGGUACGCAAGCUGAGGUCUUGAAUGAACAAUUGCAGGAGAUUGCGAUUGGUUUGGAUCGGUCGGAGGUGGACUUUCUUUGGGUGGUGCGAUCGAAGGAAGCUGAAUUGGGAGACGGGUUCGAGGAGAGGGUGGCGGAGAGAGGGUUGGUGGUUAGGGAGUGGGUUGAGCAAGUGGCUGUACUGGAACACGAAAGCGUUCGAGGGUUCAUGAGUCAUUGCGGUUGGAAUUCGGUGUUGGAGAGCAUCGGUGCAUCGGUUCCGAUCUUGGCGUGGCCUAUGAUGGCUGAGCAGCACCUGAAUGCAAAGCUGGUGGAGGAGCUGGGGAUUGGUUUGAGGAUCGAAGCGAGAAACGGCAAAGGGUGUAAUGGAUUAGUGAGUUCAGAUGAUGUGGAGAAGAUGGUGAGGGAGUUGAUGGGAGGAGAAAAGGGGUGUGAAGCAGGUAAGAAGAUGCAGGAAGUAGGACAAGCUGGUAGACGGGCCAUGGAAGAAAGUGGGACCUCGUGGCGUUCUCUGGACCUGCUUCUAGAAGAGUUGAAAUUAGCCUAGCUUACGACAUGCAUUGAAAGCUUUUAAUAAUAACCAUGCGUUCUAACUAGCAGGCUACCAACAUGGGUUUAGGUUUGCCAGCCACGCAUGCAGCAUCUAUACACACGCAUCUUCACACAGUUGAAAAUUUCGUAGAUAUGUGAGGCAUCUAAGCCGUGAAUGUGGUGGAUCCUUUUGUGAAGAUACCAAAUGUCAAAAAUCUAGUUUAUCAAUGGAUUAGAUGGGACACAGUUGUAAGAAAGCAAUGAAUGCUAUGAAAGUGAAUGUUGUUGAACUUCAA